AUGUCCAUCGAUCUCGGCUCGCUUGAGGCGCACUUGGCGACCAGGUCCUAUGUUGAAGGAUACACUCCUUCUCAGGCCGAUGUUCAUGUUUAUAAGGCCAUUUCCUCUUCGCCAGGCGAUUCUUACCCUAACGUAACGAGGUGGUACACCCACAUCAACUCUUAUGCCGCGGAGCAUGGUUCUCUCCCCGGAUCCAGCACUGCGGGAGAAGCAUUCUUCACGGCCGUAGCCGCCUCCGCGGCUGAGGAUGACGAUGAGGUUGAUCUGUUCGGCGACGAUGACGAGGAAGAAGAUGCGGAGGCAGAGCGUGUCAAGGCAGAGCGUGUCGCCGCUUACCACGCCAAGAAGGCUAACAAGCCUAAGACGAUCGCCAAGUCUGUCGUCACCAUGGACGUCAAGCCUUGGGAUGAUGAGACGGACAUGAAGGCUCUUGAAGAGGCCGUUCGUUCCAUCGAGCAAGACGGCCUUGUUUGGGGCGCUAGUAAACUUGUUGCGAUCGGUUACGGCAUCAGGAAAUUGCAGAUCACUCUUGUCGUUGAGGAUGAAAAGGUCUCCACCGACGAACUCCAGGAAAAGGUUCAAGAAUUCGACGACUACGUCCAGAGCACCGAUAUUGCCGCCAUGCAGAGUAUGUUUCUGUUUCCUGUCUUCGAACUUUUUCUGAUAUGGUUUGUAUAAGAAUUGUAAAUCGGCCACCUACGUGAGAAUAAUCUGUGCCACAGAGCAUUACCAAGUUGCGCUUUUAGUCAUUUGCAGUGAGAUAAGUAAAAGUCAUUUGUACCACCGUGUCAUUCCAAGCCUUGAGUGCCAGUAUACGGAAUGAUCUGUUCAUCGAGGUACCGAAAGCUGAUCUCGGACUUUCUCUUGGCCUUUGGCCCAGAUGCCGGAGGCGAGCUUCUGGCGACCGGAAAUGAAAUAUCUCAAGAGAUCCCGAGUUAAUGCA